AGCAUGGAAGAGAGACCCGGGGACAGUUUAUUUACAUCCGAAGAGGCUGUGUAAGUUUAGAGGGAAGCCGCUGCGUGUGUCUCCCUCUUUACUUUCACCGACCCCCUCCUCCUCCGCUGGCAGAAAUUUAUAAAGAACAAAAAAUCCGACGAGGGAGGGAGGGGGGUUGAUAUACGCCGAGGCUGAAAUCGAGAGGCGAACCCAGGGAAAGAGGAGUAAUUUGUACACGGGACUUUCCCCCUCUUAGUCCCCCAAAAGGAGGGGGAAAAGUCGCAAUAUUGGAAACGAAAAGGAAUGAGCUUCUAAGGGCGUGAAAACGUCUGCAAUUGUGGAUACUUUAUAUAUUUUUAUUUCGAAAAAAUAUGGCCGAGAACGUUCUGGACUCUGGCCCGCCUUCAGCCAAGAGGCCUAAACUCUCCUCUCCGGCACUUUCUGCCUCCGCCAGCGAUGGAAAUGAUUUCGGCUCUCUUUUCGACCUGGAGCAUGAUCUCCCAGACGAGCUUAUUAGUUCCAAUGAACCAGGGCUGGUCAAUGGUGGAGACCUCAGCCAGUUGCACACCACACUGGGAGGAGGACCUGCAGGGCUUGGUCCUGGUGGAGGUAGUGGAGGGGCAGGAGGAAUGGGUCUUGGUCUUGGCCCUGGAGGGGGUCCUGGUGGAGGUCAGGAUGCGGUGGCCAAGCACAAACAGCUGUCUGAGCUUUUGCGUUCAGGAGCCCCAUCCUCUACCCAACAAGGGCACCAAGGAGCCAUGGGUAGCCCUGGAGGGCCCACUGCUAUGGGGCAACAUUUGGCAAACAUGAAGGCGUCUCCUGGCCAGGGGCCUUCGCAGAUGAUGGGCCAGGGGCAGCAGCAGCACCUCUCCCCUCAGCAGCAGGCUAACAUGAUGCAGCAGAAUGCCACAAUGAUGGGUGGCAUGAACAGGGCCAUGAUGGGAGCGCAGCAGAAAGGCAAUAACGGACAGCAGCAGCCAGGCAUGAUGGGAAGUCAGGUGAUGAAUGGCUCCCCCAGGAUGGGCUUCGGAAAUCAAGGGAUGGGUGGCAACAGUAACCUGUUGGCUGAGACCCUUCAGCAACAGGGGGCUGGAGGUCAAGCAGGGAUGAGAGGCCAGCAACCUGGAGCAAUGAACAAGAUGGGUAUGAUGGGAAACCCAGGGGGUCCUUUUGGAGGUCCAUAUGCUGGGCAGGGCAAUCAAGGUCUAGGAGGGGCAGGGCUGGGCCCUCAGCUCCAGAACAAAGGUCCCAUGGCAAACAGCCUGGCCCAGUUCAAUGUGGACAAGAAGAACCAGCCCAUGCAAGGAAUGGCUGCCAUGGGCUCCCAGCAGACACAAACGGGUGUAGGUGGCCCCUCUGGUGCACCUUUGGGAGCGGCCCCUGGGAUGGUGCCUAAUGCUCAAGCUGGUCUGGUAGGUCCUGGUGCCCAGGUUUCUGCAGCAUCUGCUGCAGCUGGAGCACCUCCUACAGCUGACCCUGAGAAGCGCAAGCUCAUCCAGCAGCAACUGGUGCUCCUGCUCCAUGCACACAAGUGCCAGCGGCGGGAGCAGGCCAAUGGUGAAGUACGUCAGUGUAACCUGCCCCACUGUCGCACGAUGAAGAACGUCCUCAACCACAUGACUCACUGCCAGGCUGGCAAGUCCUGUCAGGUUGCUCACUGUGCAUCAUCGAGGCAAAUCAUCUCCCAUUGGAAGAACUGCACGCGACAUGACUGUCCUGUGUGCCUGCCGCUGAAGAAUGCUGGGGACAAGAGGAACCCGCAGUGUGAGUCUCUACUUGGUGGGGCUGCAGCAGGUCUGGGCAGCUCCCUUGGAGCAGUGCCUGGCGGCCAACCAAGUGCUCCCAACCUCAACCAGCCGAGCCAGAUUGACCCCAGCUCCAUAGAAAGAGCGUAUGCAGCCCUGGGCCUCACUUACCAGGGCAACCAGAUCCAGGCUCAGUCUUCCCAGCCCAACAUGCCUAACCAAGGCAUGCAGGGCCAGGCGGGCAUGAGGCCUCUGAACCCGAUCGGUGCAAAUCCUAUGGGAGUCAAUGGAGGUGUAGGAGCUCCUACUCAGAGCCAACAAGCUAACCUGCUGCAGGAUACCAUGAUGCACCUCAAUGUGACCAGCCAAGGCCUGAUGAAUGAUGCCAGUGGAGUGGGCUCCAUGCCCACAGCAGGUCCUCCCUCUGCCACAGGCAUGAGGAAAAGCUGGCAUGAGGACAUCACGCAGGACUUGCGAAACCACUUGGUACACAAACUUGUUCAGGCAAUCUUUCCGACUCCUGAUCCUGCCGCCCUCAAGGAUCGCCGAAUGGAGAACCUAGUGGCCUAUGCUAGAAAAGUUGAGGGGGACAUGUACGAGUCAGCCAACAGCAGAGCUGAGUACUAUCACCUGCUAGCAGAGAAGAUUUAUAAAAUUCAGAAAGAGCUGGAGGAGAAGAGGAGAACCCGCCUCCAGAAGCAGGGCUUGGGCCUUGGGCCUGCCGGCAUGGGCCAGCCCCCCACGGGACUUCCUCCAAAUGGUCCUCUCCCUGACCCAUCAAUGGUGCGAGCAGCUGGACCAAAUCAGAUGGUCAACAGGAUGCAAGGCCCAGGUAUGAACCAGUUCAAUCAGAUGGGGAUGCAGCCCAUGGGCCAGAGGUCCACACCUCCUCUCCCAAUGGGAGCGUCUGGCAACCAGAUGGGAAUGGUUGGACCGAGGAUGGGCCAGCCAAAUGUGAACCCGCUCCCGAACCAGUUUCUGUCCCAGGGACAGUUUCCUGGCUCAGGACCCGGAGUUGGAGCAGCUCAGCCAGGGAUGGCUCAACCUGGAGCACAGGCAGGCAUGACACAGACACAGAUGGGCACUCCUCCCUCUCUUCCAGUUGCUAGUCCUUUAGCACAGCCAGGUUCAGCCAGUGGUCCUGGUAGCGUUUCUGCAGUUGGACCCAUGGGUCCUCAGAGUGUUGGCGCUGCAGGUCCUAACUCAUCUGUUGCUGCUCCUUCAAUGACUCCAUCUAACACAAACCAGCAGCCGAACUCCAUCCCACAUUUGGCAGCCAUGCGCGGCAGCUCUCCCUCUCCUGCUCACAGCCGGUCUCCAACCCCUCACCAAACGCCGCCCAGACUAGCAGGGUCCCAGACCCCACAGCCACAUACCCCUAACGCACCACAGCUGGCUCCACCCUCGGCCCCCCAGCAGAACCAGCUUGGCCAGGGCCCCGGCUCUAACAAGUCCCUCCAGCAGCAGCACAUUGGGCCAGCUGGUUCGACCACUCCGUCUCAUCCUGGACUGACCUCCAGCUCGACACCGCAUGGUGCUCAGCUGCCACGCACUCCGCUGUCCCAAAAGGGUUCUUUCCCGGCGGACGGUCAGGCCAUGACUCCAGCCUCUGUCAACAGCCUGGACACUUCCUCCCAGCAGCCACAGCUGGACACUUCAGCCACAAAUGCCGACACCAAGAUGGAGGUCAAGCAGCAGGAUGAGGAGGAGGAGAGCGAUGCAGGCAGCUGUUCAAAAGGAGGGAAGCUCAGUAACCUCAAAACUGAGGAGAAGCCUGUGAAGAUAGAGCUGAAAAAGGAGGAGGGCUCUGGAGAAGUAGGGAAAGGAGCUUCCAUGGAUACAUCAGCAACAACGCCAACAGCGGUUGUGAAGACAGAAGACAGGAAGCCAGAAAUAAAGAAGGAGGCGAAAGAGGAAGAGGAGACGUCGGAGGCUACACCACAGGCCCCUGCGAAGAAGAAGAUUUUCAAGCCAGAGGAGCUUCGCCAGGCUCUGAUGCCCACACUAGAGGCUCUCUACAGACAAGAUCCAGAAUCUCUGCCCUUCAGAAUGCCUGUAGACCCGCAACUGUUGUGCAUACCUGACUACUUUGAUAUUGUGAAAAAUCCCAUGGACCUAUCAACUAUCAAGCGGAAGCUGGACACAGGUCAGUAUCAGGAUCCCUGGCAGUAUGUGGAUGACAUCUGGCUGAUGUUCAACAAUGCCUGGCUGUACAACCGCAAGACAUCCAGAGUCUACAAGUACUGCUCCAAGCUGGCCGAGGUCUUUGAGCAGGAGAUCGAUCCUGUCAUGCAGAGCCUGGGCUACUGCUGUGGGAGAAAGCUGGAGUUCUCUCCUCAGACACUCUGCUGCUACGGGAAGCAGCUGUGCACUAUUCCUCGAGAUGCUACUUACUUCAGCUACCAGAACAGUUCACCAAAAUUUGGGCUUCUUGCUGACAGGUACCACUUCUGUGAAAAGUGCUUCAACGAGAUCCAGGGAGAGACGGUUUCCCUGGGUGACGACCCCACACAGCCUCAGACGUCGAUUAACAAGGAUCAGUUUGAGAAGAAGAAGAAUGACACACUGGACCCUGAACUGCUCGUUGAAUGUAUGGACUGUGGGCGCAGGAUGCACCAGAUCUGUGUUUUACACAAUGAAACAAUCUGGCCAUCAGGUUUUGUAUGUGAUGGCUGCUUAAAGAAGGCGAAUAAGACGAGGAAAGAGAACAAGUAUUCUGCCAAAAGAUUGCCUCAGACAAAGUUGGGCAGUUUCCUGGAGCAAAGAGUGAACGACUUUGUGAAGCGUCAGAGUCACCCUGAGUCUGGAGAAGUCACGAUUCGUGUUGUCCACGUCUCUGACAAGGUGGUGGAAGUUAAACCAGGAAUGAAGUCCAGAUUUGUGGACAACGGAGAGAUGUCAGAGUCGUUCCCCUACAGGACAAAAGCUCUUUUUGCUUUUGAGGACAUUGAUGGAGCAGAAGUCUGCUUUUUCGGUAUGCACGUUCAAGAGUAUGGAUCUGAUUGUCCUCAGCCAAACCAGAGGCGAGUGUACAUCUCUUACCUGGACAGUGUACACUUCUUUCGGCCUCGCUCUCUAAGAACAGCAGUCUACCAUGAAGUUCUCAUUGGCUACUUGGAGUAUGUCAAAAAGUUGGGCUACACCACCGGCCACAUCUGGGCCUGCCCCCCUAGUGAAGGGGAUGACUACAUCUUCCACUGUCACCCGCCCGAUCAAAAGAUCCCAAAGCCCAAACGCCUCCAGGAGUGGUACAAGAAGAUGUUAGACAAAGCUGUCGCAGAGCGGAUAGUGCAUGAUUACAAGGAUAUCUUCAAGCAGGCGACAGAGGAUCGUUUGACCAGUGCCAAGGAGUUGCCUUACUUUGAGGGUGACUUUUGGCCCAAUGUGCUGGAGGAGAGCAUCAAAGAGCUGGAGCAGGAGGAGGAGGAAAGGAAAAGAGAGGAGAACAGCACUUCAAAUGAGAGUAUUGAUGACUCAAAAGGCGACAGCAAAAAUGCAAAGAAGAAGAACAACAAGAAGACGAGUAAGAACAAGAGCAGCCUGAGCCGAGCCAAUAAGAAGAAGCCAGGGAUGCCAAAUGUCUCGAAUGAUCUUUCACAGAAACUCUAUGCCACUAUGGAGAAACACAAGGAGGUGUUCUUUGUGAUCCGGCUUAUCGCUGGUCCCAUGGCAAACUCCUUACCACCAAUUGUGGACCCAGAUCCCUUGAUGGCCUGUGACCUCAUGGAUGGCCGUGAUGCUUUCCUGACGCUAGCCCGGGACAAACACCUAGAGUUUAGCUCUCUGAGGAGGUCUAAGUGGAGCUCCAUGUGCAUGUUAGUGGAGCUGCAUAACCAAAGCCAAGAUCGCUUCGUCUACACUUGUAACGAAUGCAAGCACCACGUGGAGACUCGUUUCCACUGUACUGUCUGUGAGGACUACGACCUCUGCAUCACAUGUUAUAACACUAAGGGCCACGAGCACAAGAUGGAGAAGUUAGGCCUUGGUUUGGAUGAUGAGAGCAGCAACCAGGCUGCAGCAACCACUCAGAGUCCUGGGGACUCUCGUCGCCUCAGCAUCCAGCGCUGCAUCCAGUCCCUUGUCCACGCCUGCCAGUGUCGAAACGCAAACUGCUCUCUGCCGUCCUGCCAGAAGAUGAAACGGGUCGUCCAGCACACAAAGAGCUGCAAGAGAAAAACCAACGGUGGCUGUCCCAUCUGCAAGCAGCUUAUUGCCCUGUGUUGCUACCAUGCUAAGCACUGUCAGGAGAACAAGUGCCCGGUCCCAUUCUGCCUCAACAUCAAGCACAAGCUCCGUCAGCAGCAGCUGCAGCACCGCCUCCAGCAAGCCCAGAUGCUCCGGAGGAGGAUGGCCAGCAUGCAAAGAGUCGGUCAGCCAGCUCCUGGAGGGGCUCCUGGGGGCAACGGCCUCCCCUCUCCAGGAGCCAACAAUGGAGCAACCGGCCCUGGUACGCCUACAUCAGUGGGAACACAGCCUCCAACCCCACAGACUCCCACCCAAGGAAACCUGCCUGCUCUCCCCCAGCAGCAGGGUGUCGGGAUGGGAGGAAUGGGGGGAAUGGGAGCCCAAGGCCAGCAACAGCAGCUUCAACAGCAAGGCGGAGCAAUGCCCCCCCAGCACCACCUCCAUCAGUUUCAGUCAGGGGCAGGUGGGGGUGGAGGGGGGAUGAUGAACUCCCCUCAGCAGCAGAUGGUGCCUCAUAUGCAGCAGCAGCCUCCCAACGUCCAGCAGCUCCAGCAGCAGCAUCCUGGUGGUCUACCCCCUUACAACCCCAGACCUCCUGGAGCCUCUCCUCUCCACCAGUCUCUCGGCAAACCUGGUCUUGGCCCUGCUACACCGCCUCAGCAGCAACAACCCAACCAGAGUCAGGGGUCCAUGCCUGUACAGGGCCAGCAGCAGGGGCCCCCUCUGGCGGCUGUGGAAACGGCUCUGAAGAUCCAGCGACUGGCAGAGACCCAGAGACAGAUGGCUCAGGCCCAGGCUCAGGCCCAGAUACGUGGCCUCGGACAAGGGGGCAUGAUACCACCACACCCCCACCACCAGAACCCCCAGAACCAGAUGGGCAUGCCUCACAUGGGGGCUCAGGGCAUGCCCCCUCAGGCUCAGGGAGUUGUUGGCAGGACUAUGUUAGACCCACAGCAGCAGGGAAUGCUUGCAGGGAUGCAAGGGGGUCCUCAGUCCCAGCUGCCGCCUCAAGUUCAGCAGCAGCUCCAGCAAGUCCAAGGUGCAGGCGGACAACUUCCACCUGGAAACCAGCAGUGGGGGGCCGGGGGCCCAGCCAUGAACCCACAACAGAGGCCAGGCAUGAUGGGUCACAUGGCACCACAGCAGCAGCCCGCUGUCGCUCAGCAGCAGCAACCGAUGAAUCAGCAACAACAGCAACAAGGAAACCGCAGCCUCAUGCAGGUGAUGGGCGUAGCAGCAGGAGCUGCAGGGACUCCUGCUUUGAAUGCAGCUGCUACAGGAAAUCUUCCACAAGCAGCGCUACAAGACCUCCUAAGGACUCUACGCUCCCCAAGCUCACCCCUCCAACAGCAGCAAGUCCUCAACAUCCUGCGCUCCAACCCCACCCUGAUGGCUGCCUUUAUCAGGCAGAGAGCUGCAAGGUAUCAGGGGGGACAAGGGGGCCCUGGAGGACCAGGAGGACCGCCACAAGCAGGACCUGGAGGUGUGAGGUUUCCAGUGCCAGUUGGAGGGCUGCCUGGGGCCAACAUGGAUGGACAGCAGCAGGUUAAUGUAAAUCAGGCUGGUCAGCCAGGAAUGAACAUGGCUCAGGGUGGAGCCAGUGGAGGAAACAUGCCCACCAUGGCUCAGCUUCAGCAGUUACAACAACAGCAGCAGCAGCAACAACAGCAACAGCGCCCAAUGUUGCCUGGAAACCUGCAACAACAGCAAAUGGCUGCUUUACAACAGCAGCAACAGCAACAACAAGGAGCAAUGCAAGCUGGGCAACAAGGCAACAUGGCUAACAUGACACCACAGUUCAGAGAGAUAAUGAGACGACAUCUGCAGCAGCAGCAGCAGCAACAACAACAACAGCAGCAGCAGCUGCAGCAACGGGAGAUGGGCAACCAUGGGCAGUUCCAGCAGCCUCAAGGACUUCAGCAGCAGCAGCAGGGCUUCAUGCAGCCAGGUCAGGGACAACCGGGGAUACCCCCCUCUUCACAACCUCAGGCUGGAGGUGGAGGUGUAGGGGCCCCCCAGCAGCAGCAAGGAGGACCUCAGGGUGGGGCAGGACAGAUGGGUCAACAGCAGGGUUACCCCAACCCCAUGUCCCAGGUAGCUGCAGCGCUCCAGCAGCGGCUGAUGCACCAGCAGAUGCAGCAGAACAGCAUGGGUGGGCUUCAAGGACAAGAUGGAGGACCAGGUGGAGGCACACCAGGAGGACCUCCGCUCCAGCCUGGACAAGGUGGACCAGGGCAGGGGCCACAACAACAGGGUGGAGUCGGCGGAGGGAGUGGGGGUCCCCCGCUGCCACAGACAUCCCAAAGCAUGCUGCACCAGAACAUCCACCAGAGGAUCCUGCAGCAGCAGCACCUGGGCGGGGGCUCUCCAGCUCACCACAGUAGUCCCAUGAGUCCUCAGCAGCAGAUGGCGCAGUCCCCCCACCUCCAAGGACAAGGAGGACUGGGUCCAGCAGGGUCGCUUAGCAGCCAGGUCCGGUCCCCUCAGCCCUCGCCGAGGCCGCAGUCGCAGCCUCCGCACUCCAGCCCGUCCCCACGUAUGCAGCCCUCCACCCAGCCGCAGCCUCAGCCCUCACCUCAUCGAAUCUCCCCACAGACUCAGACUGGCUCACCCCACCCCGCCCACCUAGGCCAACAUCACCAGAGCAUGGCCCCACCCCAACCUCCACAACCCCAGCAGCAGGCAUUACCGCAGCAGCCGGGCGGCUCUGUCGACCCGGCUCAGUUCAGCUCGGACCAGAACUCCAUCAUGUCCCAGCUGAGUGGGAUGACGGGGAUGCACAGCGGGCAGGCAGGGCAGUCGGACAUGUUGGGUGGGAAUAAUAACAGCAACAGCAGCAACCAGGAGCUGGGAACGAACAUUAACCACAACAGUUUAGACAUGAUAUAGCCUUGACUCCGUACUGUCUGUGUGUGGAUGCUCUGAUCGAACAACAAACUGCCACGAGAGGAGAGCGAGGCGGGACUACGGCUUUUAGAAGUUUUUAUUUUUUAUUUAAAUAUUUUUGUGAUGUAUAAAUACGAACUGAAGCUUCCUUCCUAUGGGAGAUGCAACAUGAAUCUUAGAAGUCAAUAAAUGAAUAAAUUAAAACAAUGGUAAGUUAUUGCUGUUAAUAUAUAUCUAUAUAUUUUUGCCAAUUGUGUACAAAAAGGUGGAAGGGCAGUGUUUCAGGUUGAAGAUAUUUCUUCCUUAGUCUAUGACACAAUAUUUUUGGGGACUGAGAAUUUUUGCCUUUUUAUGAAUAUUUUUAAGAUUUUAAAUGUGGCUAAAAAUUAAAGUGAGUUGACACAAUGUACCUUUUUAUUGUUUGUUUCCACUUCAAAUACCCGGUCAUAAUUGUAUCUUUUUUGCAGAGUAAGCAUAUUUUAUUUCUAAGUUAAUUCUUUUCCCACCAAUCCAUGCAUCAUAAAACAAGCGUUAACAUAUCUUCUUGUUCUGGACAGCAUUGUACAGCGACUGCAACAAUUCACAUAUAUGGAAUAUUUGAUAUGUGGGUGGGAACGGUGUUAAAUGCAGUUAAAUUUUGCCAGGUGUCUUUCUUAUUUUUGCUUUUUUUGUUUGUUUUUGGCAGGGUUUAUUGCUUAGAAUUAAACCUCGACAGUGUUUUUUGGGGAGUGGGUGACAUUGAGCGUGGGUAUGGUCGUGUUUUUCAAUGAUCAGACCUGCAGAACAAACCUUUUCACCCAUGGGCCUCAUCUCCGCCCUCUAUCAUUAGUUUUCCUAUGAAUGUGCACACCUUCCUUCCCCUAACCCCCCCCUCACCUGAAUUAAAGGAGGGAUGAACUGUUAAUUUCAGAUGGUCUAGCUGUCAGAUGCAUUGGCUCAUGUUGUGAAGGUUGUGUGUAAAUAUUUUCCAGCCUUGUUUAUGAACUGUGACAUGGAAGAGGUCGGUAAAGAUGUUUUGCUUGGGCUGCGGAGGUUUGAGAAAAUCCUGCCUGUACCCUCAUCCCCUCCAACGGUUUCCUCUCCUUCCUCUUUACUCCUCAUCCUCAUGAUCGCCUCUCAGCCACAAGAUUUAUUUCAUUGUUAGUACUGUACAGAGUAAGAAAUGGUGGACUUAGAUACUGUUUUUGUAAUGAAAGUGAAAGAUGUAAAAAAAAAAAAAAAAAAGCAAACAUGUACAUACUUUAAACCUUAUAAGCAGUGAAUUUCUUUUCCGCUGCUUGUUUCCCCUUCUUGUUUGAUUGGAUAUUUGCUGUAUCUGUAAAAAACUACAAAAGUACUCCUGAGCUACUGUACAGUAUUGAGAUUUUUUUCUAAAAGGUACAGUGUGGGGUGUUGUCGGUCACAAGCACCAAUGCGCCUUUUUCUGUGUAUUUUUGACAAGGUUUUAGGGAGGGAGGGGCAACAAGUUAUACACACCUGAACAAUCUCAAAACCUGCAGAUAGUCGAGCCGAAGCACGGGUUCAUUCAAGGUGUGAUCUGAAAGAGUUUAAAUCUGGUCAUUUAGCUUUUUAUGGAGAGGACUGAAGACACAAUAUUCACAUGCUCACUAUUUUUCUCAAAAGGUUGGGCUUGCUGGGUGUGGGGAGGGGAUGCAUCAGAACCAGGUGGCAAUAUAUCUUGAGACUUAUUUUAUAAGAAAAAACAAGGAAAAACUGUCUUUUAUAUAUAGAUAUAUUAUUUAAUUUUAUUUUUUGGAAAUAAAACUUGAAGCUACAGGAAUUAUUAGAUAAAACAUGUUUUGUUUUGUAUUAAAGAUGUUAUGGUGAUGCAAAAAGACACUGCAGACAGUCAUUCAGUUUGCCCUGGGGAGGCCCUGGGGAGGCCGUGGAGUAUAUUCUACCAUCCUUUUUAAGAAAUGUUUCAUGUACAUGAAUAGAGUUGUAAACAUACUGAAUCACUGUACAAACCGAUGGCAACUGAACAAAUAGUUUUGUUUAAUCAUUUCUUCUCCUUCAAAGAGACUGGAAAUAAGACUAUUUAAAUAUUUGUUUAGUAUUCAGAUGGAAUCUUUGACCACUUUUUCGUUCCUCUUGUUAACAAUUUUGGUGCUUGCUGAGAGAAAGCAAAAAUAACUGUUGCUCCAUUUUCAUUAGUUUCUUUUUUUUUAAGUUAUUUUGGUGGUCUGAUUGUUUUUUUGCCAAUAAAUUAAUUGUACAAUAAAGUAUGUUUGUACCAUUGAAAAAAUA